GAAUGUUUUGUGAUGUGCGAUUGUGAUCUUGGAAGUCCAUCACUACCCUAUUCAUGUCCACACAAUUCCCCCACACAUCCAUUUCAAGUUGAAGCCAUUAGCCAUGCAUCCGCUUCUCCACCUCCACUCCCCCCCUAUCGCCCAUUCCCAUGGCGGCAACACCUUCUGCUGCUCCACAAAUCAUAUCAUCGUCUUUUUCCUUUCCCAAUCACCAAUCAAGAAUCACCCCUUUCAUCUCUGUACGGAAUUCCAGAAAAAUUCCCAUGCUUGCCUCCAAUGGCGGCCUACAAAUCACCAACCCUGCAAAAAUCAAACUUCUUGGGCCACACCCCAAGUUCUCGCAAUUGGGUACUCACAAAUCUCACUCCACUCCCAAAUUCCUUGCCCAUUCAGUGGGAUCAGACGGUAGUGCUAGCACUUCCACAAGCCUAUCAAGCAAGGUGAUUGGCGUUUUCCAUUUGCUAGUUUCACUUGGGCUUAUACUGGCAAUGGAUAAGUACCUGAAGCAGGCAUUUGUGGCUGCAGCCAUUAAGUUCCCAAGUGCUCUAUUUGGGAUGUUUUGCACUUUCACCGUUUUAAUAGUUCUUGAUACCAUUCUCCCUGCCGCAGCAACUGCCUUGGUGAACUUCUUUGAGCCUGCACUUUUAUUUAUUCAAAGAUGGCUUCCACUGUUUUAUGUGCCUUCUUUGGUGGUCUUGCCUCUAGCUGUUAAAGACAUUCCAGCUUCUUCAGGGGUGAAGAUUUUUGGCAUUCUAGUUGGGGGCUGGCUAGCUUCACUUUGUGUUGCUGGCUUCACAGCUAUUUCAGUAAGAAAGAUGGUAAAAACAGAAAUGAUACCAGCUGAGCCUAUGUCAAAGCCAUCUCCUUUCUCGUCUUUGGAGGCAUGGACAUGGACUGCAAUUCUCGUGAUAUCAUUUGUCGGGGCACUUUUCUACCCAACAGCUCUCGGCACAAAUGCCAGAACAUGCCUGCCUUUCCUACUCUCGGCUACUGUGUUAGGCUACAUUGUUGGUUCAGGGCUUCCAGCAGGCGUGAAGCUGGUUCUUCAUCCAAUCGUUUCCUGUGCAGUCUCUGCAGUUCUCGCUGCUGUAGCUUUUGGAUACUUCUCUCGCUCUGGACUUGAUCCAGUUUUAGGGUAUUAUCUUACAAAGGCCUCAGCUAAUCCUGGAGCUGGUGACAUUUUAAUGGGAUUUUUGGGAUCAGUUAUCAUCUCCUUUGCUUUCUCAAUGUUCAAACAAAGAAAGCUUGUUAAGCGACAUGCGGCUGAGAUUUUCACCUCUGUCAUAAUUUCUUCAUUAUUCUCGUUGUAUUCUACUGCUUUCAUUGGGCGGCUUGUUGGCUUAGAACCCGAUUUAACAAUAUCGAUUCUACCACGAUGUAUAACAGUCGCGCUUGCUCUAAGCAUUGUUUCUUUCUUUGAAGGUGCCAAUUCGUCUCUCACGGCUGCUGUUGUUGUACUAACUGGUCUUGUGGGUGCCAAUUUUGUUCAGACGGUGUUAGAUAGGCUUGGCUUCACCGAUCCUAUUGCUCGAGGAAUAGCAACUGCUUCUAGGUACGACCAUUUUCUUGAGAUCUAUAUUGCAACUAAAAGAAAAGCUUACAAUACAAACUUGCAAUCACAUUGUUGGAGAACAGACUCUGAUACCAUGUUAGAAUCUAAGAUUGGGGCCAAACAACGCUAAAAGACUGAAUCCAAG